AUGCCACAGGAGCGCAUAAGCAAUGACGAGUUCCUGAAUCGGCUCACCAUUCUACUCUCGUCAACACACUCUGCAAGCCGUGGCUCCAUAUACCUGACCCAAAAGCCUCUGGAAUCUACUACCGAGUCGGUCUCACCACCGCAAAUCCUUGUCCGCGCCACAAAUGGGUUGUCCAAACCUCAUCGGACAGCCAAACCGAAAUCUGCCGCCAAUAGCAAGCCUAAGAUCAAACUCGCGACUGUCGUCGAGGUUGCAGACCUCGACACAUUCUAUGCGCGUUAUGCGGAAGUGUGCAAGAAGGGCAUGGAGGGCUUGAGAAAGCGGGAUAAGAAGAAGGCCAAAGAGAAGGCAAAGGCGAAGAAGAAGGGGAAAGCCGCUACGGGCGCGACUGGGUCAUGA